GUCAUUUUCAGUAUAUCUAUACAUGUAUGUAUUUACAGUGACUUCCAACAGUAUUUUGUUUUCCAAAAUAUGAGUCGCUAUUAAGUAGAAUCUAUAAUUAGAAGAGAGCACCAUUUUAAUUCCAUAGACUUGUCAGAAUAGAUAUUACACAUGUACACGUCGGUGCUCCUCUCCCGUAUGACAGAAGUUCCGUAUAUUAAGUAAAAAGGUAUUUAACAAAAAAAUACAUGUUUAAAUAUUUGACCAAAAAGUAACUCAGAAGUUAUAUUCCUCGACAGAAAUUUUGUCGCUAUGUCUACAAGUUAAAAUCAUGUUUAGUCAAAAUCUAUUAUCGUAAAUGUUUGUUGCCGCAGUGUAUUCAAUUACAAUAAUUAGAGAUACGUCCCUCUUUUAUCGAAUAUUAUCUGGGAGAUUAUGAGAUGAAUAGAGUGUAAACCCCGAAAAUCAAUUCGGAUGUUCGGCUUUGAACCAACAGAUGUCGCAUCGUAGAUGCAUAAACGAAAUUGCUUAAUAAAUAUACACAAACAGUAGGUGAAACAUCGCCACGUUGACACACGUUUCAAUAAAUCCAAAAUUAUUUCAAUAACUGUGUUCACAAAAGUGACGUGUAUCUUUUAGAAGAAAUGACGCAUAUUUAUUUUCAGAUAAAAUUCUUCUAUUAUUUAAUAACAGGAAUUGGAUAGAAUUUAUUUCAAAAUAGAAUUAAGUUCAAAGAGCCAGAACAAAAAUGCAUUUUCGGGGACUACUUCUACAGUUUAUUUCUUUAGUCUCCAUCGUUUGUUUAACAAGGGCAAAGAAACUAUGCGAUGUGCGGGUAUGGUACCUUAAUAUGAUCAAUGAUGACGUGUUCGAUGUCGACCUGACAGACCAACAACAUAAUCUCAAGAUCGUCAUAGAAUCAUUAGUAAUGAGAGCGUCCGAGAGCCGAGAAACUCGCAUGCUGGAAUGCUCCACGUUGUACUUGUAUAAUGACAUGCUUAAAGAUCUGUUUGAUUACACACCUUCUGGUUCUGGGAUGGAAUUAAAGGAAGUCGAAAGUGAAGAGACUGAUGUAAAAGACACAGCCUCUUCGUCAGAUGACAUAAACAAGCAGACGAAUAAUAACAAAGAAGAAUCGCGAGAGAGCGAAAAUGAGGACGGUAUUGAAGUGAAUUCUGAAAUCGAUGGAUUAGAAACACAGAUUGAUAAAAUCGAAGGAAAUGUAGACAUCGAUAAAACCAGAGAUGACAUUCUAGACAGUCAGGCAGAUAUUGAUGAAAGAGCAACUACUGUCGGUGAGGAUAAAGAUAUUCUAACCGACGAAACUGAUCAAUUAUCAAAUGAAGCAGUACAUAUAGAUGAAACGGAAUAUUUGGAGGAUACGGAUCCUGAUCUGUCAUCAUUAGAUGAAGAAUCAGAAGAAAGUGUGCAAGCAAAUCAAAACAAUCGCCAUGCUACACCAACUGAUACCGAAUCCGACACCGAAAAACCUAUAAACAAGGUAGAUGUCCAAGUAACAAAAUCGAUACCUUUCGGAGUUUGUUACUCAUUUGGCUGUUUAAUGUCAGAUAUAUUCGAUGUUUACAGUAGUGGCGACUUAAGUAAAAUAAAUGAUAUAAAUGAUGACGAAGUAAAAAUAAAAACUGGAUCCGACAAUAGUAACAUGUCAAUAGUAAAACGUAAAUUUAAACUUAAGUGUCCAUUUGGAUCCUUUUGUACUCUUCAAUGUUUUUAUAAGUUUUUGUUAUCAAAAUCGUUUUGCAUGAAAAGUUUUAUUUCCUCGGAAGAGCCUGUUGACCUGACCAAGGAUAAUAAAGACAAUACUCAAGAUAUAAAGGAAUAUCUAGAAACAAUCUCACAACAUGGAAGUAUGGUCGAUAUAAAUUCGGAAAUUAAUGAUAAUGCUGAUACUAUGAAAAUACAUAAAAGUGUAUUAGAGGAUCAGGAUAUAAACCCUGCUGACAAAAGUUUUUCCACUGAAGAAAAAUUUCUUAAUAAACUUUCGCUGGCAGACUUUGAGCAAAUUGUUGAACAAAAAACUAGGAAGUACUAUUCAAAGAUACAGCAUCUGGAGAUGAUGAUAAUGAAGCUUGAAAACCAGCUUUUAUUGGCAGCUCUAAACAAACAAAAUCAUUCCUCCACCAUUUCAAAGCUAGAAAAUCAAAUUCUUAAAUUUGAAAAUGAACUUUUACGAAUGAAUAAAAACUAUCAAUACCUCCGGGAAGAGACAGAAAACACAAGUAAACGACAACAUAAAUAUCUAGAAUUAGCUUUUAAACAAACGAGGAAGGAAUAUCCAAAACUACCAGACAAAAGCAAUGACAAAUAUGAGAUUAUAACGCAACAUCAAGCUAAGAUAAAUGAACUAGCUGACGUUCUUAGAAACCAGUCGAGCAUAAUCAUGCAAUUGAAAGUAAAACACGACCACCUAGAGGAGCAAAAUAAAUUGCUUCAUGAAAUGGUCAUGAAUCAAACAAUUUUCAUGAAUUCAAUAGUUAAAACUGUACAAGAUCUUUCGGAGCAAAACAUCAAAAAUAAAAAUGAAAUAACUGCUCUAAGAUUAAAAGUAGCGCAAAGUGUUACUAACGCUAAUGAUAUGAAGGUCAAUGUAAAAACUAAUGACAAUCAAGGUGUAAUAGAUGAGCUAGACACUUUAUUAUUUAAUAAUUUGCUAGAGAAAAGCGGUUCAAUAACAAAGGAUAAAGUAGAUUCAAAAAGUAAAGUUAGUGAAGAAACUAAUGAAAGAUUGCAGUUGCAAAGUAGAAAUGACAAAAACUCAGAAAAAUCUAUGGUCACAAACUGGUGUCCACGAGACGACAGGGCGUGUCCUUCUUGCCACUAUAGUCCAUAUGUUCAUUUAAACUGUUUUCCGUAUCAAAAUGUACUUUGGUCAGAACUGUGGAAAAAGAAAUCAAAUGUACAAAAUACUAUAGGUGAUUAUCCUACUGUACCUGAUGUCAUUGAUGAUACAGAAAACCCGGACUCCGAUAGAAAGGUUGUUGCUGUUUUACCAAAAGCACGCAAAAAGGAAUAUCAAUCAAAGCCAAAUGAAAUUGAAGAAAAAAAUGAAACAAAUUUAAACAAUAUUCAAAACAAAAAUGAAGAUAAUUCUGAUCAGAAUGAAGAGAAUAAUAUAAAGAAUGAAGAUAUUUUUGUACAAAACAUAGGCCAACAAGAGAAAUUUAAAGAUGCAAUGGAUACAAUUAAGGAAAACUUAAAUAAAGAAAAGGAAGCUGCAGAAGAUAACGACUUAAGCAAAUAUACGCUUGUUGGUUAUGAUAGAAAUGGUAAACCUGUUUUUAUAAUUCGAGAAAACCCAAAAGACAAAGAAGCAAUAACUGAAUCUCUGCCCACUGAUACUAAAACGAGAAUUGAAACAUCGAAAAAUGGGAUUCAGACCAGUGAACGGUUAACAAUAAAUAAAGAUGAAAUUAAAAAUGAACUGAAAACUGGUGAAGAUUAUGAUCUCAAAACUGACAGCAACAAAAAUGAAAAAGACAAAACUAAAUCUGAACAAGAAGAUAUUGAAUUUAAAGAAAUUAAAGAUAUAGCAAAAGACACUGACAAUCAACAGGGCAAAGAUAUUGGCAAACUUCAAACAAAUGAUAAUGCUGGCAAAGCUAAUGAUGUUUCUAAAUCAAACAGUCCAACAAGUGAUUCUAAAGUCCCAAAACUAGGAGAAGAUAAUGAAUCUGAAAAAGAAAGUACUUCUAACAGAGAAAGCAAUCUGGAAAGUAAAGAUAAUGUACCAAAAGCAGAAAAUAAAAAAGUGAAAAUAGCUUUAAAAGAAAACAAAGAUGAUGUGGGCAAUGACAAAGAACCUAUUAAGACACAUGAAGAAAAACAAGCUUCUACAGGUGACAAAGUUGUUCAAAUAAAACAGAAAGAAAAUGAUCAGCAAAUGAUCAAACAAAGCAUAAGCAAACCAAGAGAAAGAAAAAUUCCAAUAAAUAUUGAAAAGCCUAAACAAAGUGAACCUAAAGACUGCUAUGACAUUUACUUAAAAGGAGAGAAAAGAGAUGGCUUAUAUAAAGUGAAGCCACUUGGUUCAGACACACAGAUACAAGUUUUCUGUGACAUGAGAAAAGGUGGAUGGACAGUUAUACAGAGGCGUCAAGAUGGCACUACUAAUUUCUUUCAGGAGUGGGAUGACUAUAAGAAAGGAUUUGGGGGUCUUUAUGGUGAGCACUGGCUUGGAAAUGACAACAUACACUACCUUACAAAUCAGGACUUCUACAAACUGCGGGUAGACAUGAUGGACUGGGAAAAGACAAAGAAAUUUGCUGAAUUUGAUUAUUUUCUUGUUGAUAGUGAAGAUGAGGGCUACAAACUUCACAUCGAUGGCUACAAUGGUGAUGCAGGGGAUGGAUUGACUAAACAUGAUGGAAGUAAAUUCUCUACAAAGGAUGUUGACAAUGAUAAAGUUGUGAAGGAGUUUGGUGGGAGUUGUGCUAAACGGUUCACCGGUGCUGGAUGGUAUUAUAAAUGCUAUGCUUCAAACUUGAAUGGAAAAUUUUAUAAAGGUGGAAAAAUCCCAGAGAAGCGAUUUGAUGGGGUUACAUGGAAACCCUGGACAGGCCCAAACUAUUCAUUAAAGAAAGUGGAAAUGAAACUCAGACCUGCUUCUGCAAAGAACUGAGCAUAAAAUGAUCAGAAAACAUUUUAAUAUCAUUGAAGGUUCAAUGGAACCAAAGGGUAGAAAUUAACCUAAAUGCAUCAAAAACAAGUUUUUGUUAGGUUUAGUGAUAUAAAAGUGUAAACUAAGUCUAAUAACGAAGGAACAUAAUGAUUAAGGUAAAAUGAAACCAAAGUUGAAGUAAAGCUUGAAAAAAUUAUAAAUAUGUUCAAGUUUUAAUGAAAUGGAAGUUCAGAACAAACCCUAUAAAUAGACAUCAGAAAAAAAGAAAACAUGAUGAUUUUGGAGUUUGAUGAAGCCAAAGAUGGAAAUGCCCCAAAAAUAUCAGAAAACAUGUUUAAUGAAACAAAAGUUGAAUCAUGAAAGAAAGAAAUCUUAUUAAUUUCGAUAUUGUUUGCCAAAGAUGUGUGUUUUAUGCCUGAAUGACAAACACAAGAUGAAGAUUUAUCUUGUUGGUGAACUGACAAGUUUAGCCCCAAUAUUUUAUUGAUAUACAAUUUAGUUAUGUCAAUAUAUCUUAUUCAUUAUACUCGAAUUUCAUAAAUCGUCCAGUAUUA